AGUUGUUGUUGUAUCAGUGUGUUGUGUUCUAUCGUCUGUCUGCUUGGCUCGAUUGAGUAUUCAGGUCCAGGAACUCUGCGACGAGGAUGGAAAUUUGCACGUCGGCAGCAUCUACCGAAUCGUAAUUGAGCUAGAACUACUCUGGUUUGCCGGAGGAGGUCAAUUACUUCAGGUGAAAUGUGAGGCGGUCGCUCUACAUGGACCACUUUCACCCGGUAGCUAUUCAACGCAUCUGCUACCGUUUGCAUGAAUGUUUUAUAGACUAGGUUCUCUCUUGCAGCUUCUGGGCGGUGGAUACCUAUCCACAAGAUGAUGAUCUGGAUGGUCUCUGCGAUAGCAGCCCAGAAGGUAAUGCUUAGACAGCAUGGGUAGGAUCUGUGCCUCCUGAUGGUGGUGGUCCACAUAAGAACUGAGGAGACAGCCCGUCGUAGCUUGGAGAGCGGCAUUCUGACAGAUCUUAAUAAUAUUCCACUGCGUGGCAGAGCUGACGACACCACACUAACGCUGCAUAACUUACCACAGAUCGGCUAAUUGCUUUGUACGUGGUCAACAAUGUUUCUUUGUUAGCACCUAAAGUGCUUCCGGCAAGUGAGCAUACUUGGGAAUACGAGCUGAUCUCAAUGGAUAGUUAUUCCUCUGAUACCGACUUAGUGCUGUUCUAUGAACUGAAUGCGACUAGAGCCAGUCGUGGAGUUUACGCUUGCGCAGGAACGAUGUUUCUCAAUUAUGACGUAGUAGAAGGUGACUCCAAUGAGAUAGAAGUAAAAACGUACCGAAGUGACAGCAUAAACGGGGAUUAUAAGCCCAUACCCUUCUCUAUACAGAGGCAGCAUAUUUUUGAGUUUAUGAACAAUUUCUAUAAGAAUGCAUUGAUGGAAACACUAAAGGAUUGUUCGAAUUUGCCGGUAUUCAAGGGGGAUUUUGUGCCACCUUUAGAGAAGAGAAAUUACACAUUGGACAAUUGUGUUUUUACCCAAGAGGGAUUUCCCCACCAUAUACAGGAUGGUUACUACAAGAUCGCCUUUAAUGCCUUCGGCGAUGUUGAGUGGUCAAUGAUUUUUUAUGCCAUAGUUGAGAACAUUUUACGAUAGAUACAAAUUGCGCACAGAUUGAUUUUUAUGAUUUUUAAAAAAUAAAUUCUCAGUGCAAACAA